AUGCACCAGAUGAACACCCAGGAUCGGGAUAACUCAGAUUCCGCUUACACUGCGCAGAGCCAACAUACCGCCCCGCAUACCAUCAUCUUGGACUCUCCUAGCCCAACAAGCCAGCAGGCUCGACUUAGGGGAGAACAUGAGGAUGACGAUAUGACAGCUUCGCAUGAUGAUCAGGAUGACUGGAGCCUAGAGAACCUGCCGGAUAUCUUGUACAUCCUGAAACCCGAACAUGGAAAAUCCAGACACGUUGUUCGUACUACCGCGCACAAGAUCUUCGGAAAGCACAUCAAUGCUUUUUCAGUCCUCCCGGACCAGAUAUCCUCCAAGGUAGAAGGGUGGAGACUUGAAGCUUGGAUGCGUCUCGAUCGUCGGAUAACUGGGCAAGACAUCAUUGACCGGGUAAACCCCAGGUACAGAUCUAGAUUAUCAUCAAUUGACAUUGAACUUCGUCGGAAGGCUUUCCGAGAGCGAUUUCACGUUGCAUGCUGGGGAGCUCAAAAGACUAUUAAUAAUAUAUCUCGCCUGGCUGUAUCAAUGGGAAUAGACCCGGCGUCGAACACUACAAGAGGUCUAACACCGGGGCUAAUCGACCCUUCUAAAGGCGAGGCUGGCGGGCGCAUUCCGCUGCCCCCAGGAGCAGCCAACGAUGGUAUCUCCGAUUCUGUUUUCCAUGCAGAUCAUUCAGAUAGUGAUAUCUUGGAGCGGGCUCACCUGGUGACGCAGAACUCUCACCCCGGUCAUAUCCCUACGGUAAUCCUCGAUGAGCCCCAGCGAAGCAAAUCAGCGGAACCCCUCUACCAGUUACACUGGGAUACAAAGCACAUACGGAAGAAACGCAUCCCUAAUAGCGAUCACUUCAGACUUACGGGUUGCCGUCUUGAAAGGCCAAAUUUUCAUGAUUCUGAGAGGUAA